UGUGGAUGUGUGACAAUGGAUUAACUGUCUUUAACGGGAUCCCACGUAUCUCCGGUUCUUCACGAGACCAUCGCUGCCACCUCUCAUCCCUCCCCCCGCAGAGAUCACCGCCAUACCUUGUGUGGAUUAUUUUAACUCUCUUUGGUCUCGUUCUCCCCCGGUAGCGCUCGAGAUGACCGCUGAAUAUGUUUUACGGUCCCUGCUGAUGCUCUUCCUCGCGCUGCUCUCGGCCAACGCCAGUAACUGGCUGUACCUGGCUAAACUGUCGUCGGUUGGCAGUAUCAGUGAUGAGGAGACAUGUGAACGCCUGCGAGGACUUAUCCAGAGACAGGUGCAGAUCUGUAAGCGCAGUGUGGAGGUGAUGGAUGCUGUGCGGCGUGGGGCUCAGCUAGCCAUAGACGAGUGUCAGUUUCAGUUCCGGAACCGUCGAUGGAACUGUUCCACACUGGAAACCAUGCCCGUCUUCGGCAAGGUCGUCACACAGGGCACUCGGGAGGCAGCCUUUGUGUAUGCCAUCUCAGCAGCCAGUGUGGCGUUUGCUGUGACCCGAGCCUGUAGCAGCGGAGAGUUGGAGAAAUGUGGCUGCGACCGCACCGUCCAUGGAGUCAGUCCGGAGGGGUUCCAGUGGUCAGGCUGUAGUGAUAACAUAGCAUACGGAGUGGCCUUCUCUCAGUCCUUCAUUGACGUAAGGGAGAGGAGUAAAGGACAGUCCCCCAGCAAAGCACUCAUGAACCUACACAACAACGAGGCCGGGAGGAAGGCCAUCCUGAGCCACAUGCGUGUGGAGUGUAAGUGUCAUGGCGUGUCAGGUUCCUGUGAGGUAAAGACCUGCUGGAAGGCCAUGCCCCCAUUCCGCAAGGUGGGCAACGUCAUCAAGGAGAAGUUUGACGGCGCCACAGAGGUGGAGCAGCGCAAGGUGGGCACGACCAAGGUCCUGGUGCCACGGAACUCCCAGUUCAAACCUCACACAGACGAAGACCUGGUCUACCUGGAGCCCAGCCCCGACUUCUGUGACCACGACCCGCGCACACCAGGCAUGCUGGGUACGGCGGGGCGGCAGUGUAACCGGACGUCGAAGGCCAUUGACGGCUGUGAGCUGAUGUGCUGCGGCCGGGGCUUCCAGACAGAGGAGGUGGAGGUGGUGGACAGGUGCAGCUGUAAGUUCCACUGGUGCUGCUACGUCAAGUGCAAACAGUGCCGCAAGAUGGUGGAGAUGCACACCUGCCGGUGAUCACCAUGGAAACCCCCAGUGGAGACCCAAACAAUUUCCCCACUCUCUCCCUCCUCACCUGCACUUGGGGAGGGAGAGAGAAAGGGAGGGUGGGGGGGGGGG